UUCUAAUAAAAAUUUAUAAUAAUAAUAUUACUACUAAAAUGAUUUUCUCAAAAUAUAUUUCAAAAUAAUAGGAGAAUAAUUAUGAUAUUUUAAUAAUAAUUCUACUUUUCAAAUGGAUGAAUGUAUGGGAUCAUCGCUUACGACUUCACUAAAUCAAACUCAAUCGCCUGUAAAUGAUCCUUUCGAAAGCAGUGGACUUGUUAAAUUUCGUAAUGAAUUCAGUAAAAUUCAUGGUCCAUUAUCUUUAGCUGUGUGCACUUUUGGUAUUCCCGCAAAUCUACUAAAUAUUAUUGUGUUAACACGUCGUGAACUCGCUCAAACAGCUACAAAUCAUCUACUGCUAUGGCUGGCAUUCGCCGACCUCCUCCUGAUGAUUAUGUAUGCUCCAUGUCUCUACCAUUUUUUUAUUCUUCAUCCACAUCCAAUGAAACCGCCAAUUUAUACACCAUCAAAAUUAUGGAUUACUUAUCAUGAAAUAUUUACCAGUUGUUCGUUGAUGUUUCAUUCUCUAGCACUAUGGUUAGCUGUUAUACUGGCUUUAUUCCGUUAUAUACAUGUUGGAUUUCCAGUGAUCGGUUCCGUUUAUACAACACGUAAACGAGCGUUUUUGUCCGCUGUCCUGACAACAAUCUGUUGUAUAUUUAUCACGAUACCAAAUGUACUUGUGAAUCAUAUAAGAUCAUGUCAUGGACCCGUAUUCAAUCCUAAUUCUUAUAAUUCCGUUUAUCAUGUAGAUACGCUGAAUAAAAGUGAUGUACAAAUUUAUUAUUUUAUAUCAUCAGAUCCCUACGAUGCUGAGACAGAUUCUAAUAAAAGUGAUCCGAACGCAUAUCAUCAGAGCACCUCGGAGCAUUCCAAUUAUUCAUCUUUAUCUUCUCCGCCCUCAAUAACAUUCCAACAUUCUUUAAAGUUUCGAGCCCCAUCAAAACGAUUGCACACUUUUAAUGUUUGGCUACAAUCGAUUGCGUCGAAGAUAGCACCUCCAUUUCUAUUGACUAUUUUAACUAUUCUCCUGAUUGGAGAAUUACAAAAGGCGAUACGUCGUCGAAGAGCCCUAUUUCGUAAUCGUGAUAAAUCACAGUUUAAAACAGUUAAAGUACCAGCACCACCAAGCGGUGUGGGAGGAGGAGAUUUGAAAAAGAAUCAUCAACGACAAUCUAUGCCAUUUAUUCAUAACUCAUCAACUAUAUCCAGCUAUUCGAAUGAUGAAGGUAAAAAGUUGACACGGGAAAAUCGUACAACAGCUUUACUUUUGACGAUUGUAAUAUUUUUUCUUGUCAUAGAAUUACCUCAAGGGAUACUUGUUAUAUGUUUACAUUUAAUAGAGAAUUUUGAAGAAAAUGUUUAUCAACAUGUAGGUGAUUUGUUGGAUUUUUUAACUCUAUUGAAUGAAUCAAUUAGUUUUGUUAUUUAUACAACAAUGUCACAUCAAUUUCGUAAAACAUUUUAUAAUACAUUUUGUCCAUUAUUACAUAAUAAAAUAAAUCAAUCACAAGAGAAUACAUUGAAUCGUUCUCAACAUCAACACAGUCAGCAACAGCAGCAGCAACAGAAAAAUCAACACCAACACCUCCAUCAACAACAACAACAAGAACAACACUAUUCUGAUCAGAGCCUGUCAACAAAGCAGAAAAUUGAUCAACGUUCAUGUGAUAAUGAGAAAUCAGAGAAAAGGAUUAACUUUUCAGAAAAUUUCAGAAGUAAAAAUGAUACUGACAAUAGCAAUAAUAGUGAUAAAACAUUAAGUAACAAUACAGUGAUCACUCACUCUUCAAUAUGUACAUAGUCAAUGAAAAUUCAAUUGUCAAUUGAACAAGUAAUUUAAUUGAAACAUUGAAAAGUUGGGUGAUGGCUUUUGAAUCAGA